AUGUCCGACCAACACUUCCUACAAAUGGAGGAUGGUGUCCGCCUCAACUACACGCAAAGCGGUGAACUUGGAAAGCCAAACCUCUUGUUCUUGAAUGGUUGGCGACAGACAGCAGCUCAGUGGAGCAGCCAGGUCCAGUACUUUCAAAAGGACUUUCGAGUUACGACAUAUGAUUAUCGUGGGCAUGGCGAGUCGGAUAAACCAACCUCUGGUUACACUGUACCAGUCCUCGCAAGCGACCUCAAUACUCUAAUCCAUGCGCUUGAUCUCAAAGAUAUCACAAUCAUUGGCCACUCCCUGGGCGGUCAGAUGACCUGGGCCCUCUGGAAAUUCCACCCCGAGUCCAGGGGACGCAUCAUUCGCUUCGUGUCCGUCGAUGGCUCGCCGUGCAUGUUGAUUAACCCGUCUUGGACCGAGCAGGAAUCAAAGGACUUUGGUGGCGUCUUCACCCAAGGACAGCUGGAAGAGAUAUCCAACGCUUUCGACAGUGUGAUGCCAGCCGUCAUCAGGGGCAUGUUCACGGACAAGACCAGCGAGCAAGACUUUGCUUGGGUGUGGGAGCAGAUUACAAAGAUGCCCAGUGAUGCCGCGCUCGCCUUGUUCAAGGACUUGGUAUCUAGGGACUGGAGAGAGGUACUGCCGCAGGUCAAGGUGCCGACUCUGAUCAUUGGAGGCGAAGCCAGUGUUCUCCAGCAAGACACAUCGCGCUGGAUGCAUACGCAGAUUCCAGGCUCGAAGCUUCACCUAUUUGGCAAGGAGAAGGGCGGCCACUUUACGUUCUGGGAAUUCCCUGAAGCAUUCAACAAGGUCCUUGACGAGUUUGUUCAUUCAGGAUGA